AUGCCACUCUCCAUUACUAUUCGUCGUACAAUCCUCUCGGCUACUGCGUCCCGCAGCGCUAUCCGGUCCUUUUCCACAGGGCGCGCCUUGCGCCAGAGCGACGACAAACCGUUACCCUUCUCCAAUUCCCCGGCUCCUCCGCGCCUCCCGAAGGAAGAACAAGAGAUCUUCGAGCAGCUACAGAAGCGUUCGACCGGUGCAUUCAGCACACCGCAAGUCAACCAGUCUCCGCAGGGAGAGAUCCAAGCCGAUGGUAGCGGUGGCGAACUUCAUCCCGAUGCGCCGAAGGGACUGAAGCCCGAGUUUGAAGGCGAGAAGAACCCGAAAACUGGCGAAGUUGGAGGACCGAAAAAUGAGCCUCUGCGCUGGGGUUCUGGUAGUGACUGGAGCUAUGGUGGACGUGUCACUGAUUUCUGA